CACACGCGACCGGACGUGACGUGUCUCUUUUCCUUUGCAUUCUAAUCCAAUCUAAGAAUAGAACGGCUCAAGCUCCUGCCAAGCGCACUCUCUCCCUCCAAUGCCCCAGAAGACCCAGAUCUCAAUCAAUCAUCCUCCUGCCUCCCAGUUUCGAGGCCAAAGGAUUUAACCACCAUGACCCUGCUCUUCCUUCCCUUCCCUUCUUGUCAAUUCUUUCGCCAGACCUUCUUCCAUAGAGAGGAAAGAUGGAUUCCGCUGCUUCGGCGGCGGCGGCACGGGCACAGCGGCAGCACCAAUCACGAUUUGUGGGCAGGACGGAAGGUUGGAAUGAUGAUGACAGCGGCGGCCAGGUCCAAAGAGCUGGUGCUCGGCAACCCGGCGGUGGCAGUGGAGAAGGGCAAGUACAGCUACGACGUGGAGAGCCUCAUCGACAAGCUGAGCAGCCUGCCGCCGCGCGGCAGCAUCGCCCGCUGCCUCGACGCCUUCCGCAACCGGCUCUCCCUCUCGGACCUGGGCUUGGUCUUCAAGGAAUUCGCCCGCCGCGGCGACUGGCAGCGCUCCCUCCGCCUCUUCAAGUACAUGCAGCGCCAGUCCUGGUGCCGCCCCGACGAGCACAUCCACGCCAUCCUCAUCGGCGUCCUCGGCCGCGAGGCCCUCCUCGACAAGUGCCUCGACGUCUUCAACGACAUGCCCUCCCACGGCGUCCCCCGCACCGCGCUCUCCUACACCGCCCUCAUCAACGCUUACGGCCGCAACGGCGACCACUCCGCCGCCCUCUCCCUCCUCGCCCAGAUGAAGUCCGACCGCGUCGCCCCCACCGCGCUCACCUACAACACCGUCCUCAACUCCUGCGCCCGCGGCGGCGUCCCCUGGGACCAGCUCAUCGGCCUCUUCGCCGAGAUGCGCCAUGAUGGCGUCCGCCCCGACCUCGUCACCUACAACACCCUCCUCGCCGCCGCCGGCGCCCGCGGCCUCGCCGACGAAGCCGAGAUGGUGCUCCGCACCAUGCUUAACGCCGGCGUCGUCCCGGAUAACUCCACCCACACCUACCUCGUCGACACCUUCGCCAAGCUCGGCCGGCUGGAAAGAGUCUCCGAGCUGCUCGAUGAAAUGGCGGCCGGCGGGCACCUUCCGGACGCCACCGCGUACAAUCUGCUGAUGGAGGCCUUCGCGCGGGCGGGAGCUGCCAAGGAGGCCGUGGGCGUGCUCCGCCAGAUGCAGGCGGCCGGGUGCCCGCCGACCGCCGCCACGUACAGCACUUUGCUCGGGCUCUACGGGCGGAGCGGGCGGUACGAGGACGUGCGGGAGCUGUUCUUGGAGAUGAAGAUCGGGAACACGGCACCGGACGCCGACACAUACAACAUCCUCAUCCGAGUGUUCGGGGAGGGGGGCUACUUCAAGGAAGUUGUCACCCUGUUCGACGACAUGGUGGAAGAGAAGGUGGAGCCCAAUAUGGAGACUUACGAAGGCCUUAUGCUCGCCUGUGGCAAGGGCGGCCUUCAUCAAGAUGCCAAGGCCGUGCUUUCUCAGAUGAACAGCAAAGGAGUUGUGCCGAGCCCCAAGGCAUAUACUGGAGUAGUUGAAGCUUAUGGGCAGGCAGCUCUAUAUGAGGAAGCAUUUGUUGCAUUCAAUACAAUGCAUGAGAUCGGGAGCAUGCCGACAGUGGAGACUUACAGUUCCCUAGUGAAUGCGUUUGCUAGAGGCGGGUUGUUUAAGGAGUUGCAGGCAAUCUUGGCACGGAUGAGAGGAGCUGGGUAUCAGAUGAAUGAGGAUUCUUUUAAUGGAGUCAUCGAGGGGUACUGCCAGGGAGGGCAGUUUGAGGAUGCUCUCAAGGCGUAUGUGGAAAUGCAGAAGUCGAGGUGCAAUCCAAAUGAGCGGACCCUUGAGGCGGUUCUGAGUGUAUACAGUGCUGCCGGGCUUGUUGAUGAGAGCAAGGAGCAGUUCCAGGAAAUUCAGUCGGCGGGAAUCAUGCCAAGCAUCAUGGCCUACUGCAUGUUGCUUUCAGUUUAUGCUAAGAAUGACAGGUGGAGUGAAGCUUAUGAACUACUGGAAGAAAUGAAAACAAACAGGAUUUCCAGCACUCAUCAAGUGAUUGCUUCCAUGAUUAAAGGGGAAUAUGAUGAUGAAUCAAAUUGGCAAAUGGUGGAAUAUGUCUUUGACAAAUAUAAUGCUGAAGGUUGUGGUUUUGGUCUGAGAUUUUAUAAUGCACUUCUAGAAGCCCUCUGGUGGUUGGGCCAGAAGGCACGGGCUGCACGGGUGCUUCAUGAAGCUGAAAGGCGCGGGCUCUUUCCUGAGCUAUAUCAUCAAAGCAAGCUAGUGUGGUCUGUCGAUGUACACAGGAUGUCGGUAGGUGGAGCUCUUGCAGCAGUUUCGGUUUGGCUUAAUGAGAUUCAUGGAAGAUUCAAAAGAGGGGAUAAUCUCCCUCAUUUGGCGACCAUUAUAGUAGUACGCGGGGAGAUGGAGAAGAGUACUGCAGCAAAGGGAUUGCCUGUUGCAAAGGCAGUAUAUUCUUUUAUGAGAGAGAAAAUAUCUCCAUCCUUUCAUAUUCCUGGAUGGAACAAGGGUCGCAUUGUUUGCCACCAGUCGCAGCUGAAACGACUGCCAUCAGUAAUCUCAGAGAAAUCUCCAAAUGAAUCCACCGAGGAAUUUGUUUCCAUUACCAAUUCAUCUUUUCCAUCUCCUAGGACUCGAAUACAUACUGCAGAUAUUGAUGGUGAUAAUGACCAAAUUGUUUCUGAUGAGACAGUGAGCACUGAAGCAGAAGAGGAGCUUAUGAAAAUUUGAAUUAACUGACAACAGCAAGUUCACCAUCCUUAUGUGGGUCCAAUCCUGUAGAUCUUUCUUUACCAGUUUCAAAGCCAAAGGCAUGUGAUGGACACCAAGCAAGGUCAAGGUUCACGACGAGGCAAAAUUUGCAUUUACAGGGCAUUUAUUCAGUGAUGCGUUCUGCUUCCAAGCAAUUCUCUUCAUGGCCUAAACUGUAAUCUAUUGGCAGCAAGACAACAUCUUCAUGCACACCCAUGAUCUGCUAUGGACUCAUGAGAAAAGGUCUUUUUUAGUGCCACGCUUCUGAAUGAUCUCACUGACUUGGUAUAUGCUUUCAGUAUUCGGGAGCUGUUGGUUGCAUCCUGAGCUUCAGACACCAGUUCUGCCAAGCAUCCAACAGAUAAAGGGAGAGGAAAGGUGAGUUGUAGACUUGUAGUUUUGAUGUCUUGUUGGAUGAGCACAAAAUAUACUUAUUUUUUGGUUCUUGCAAUAAAGUAUUUUCGAAUUCCUUGUAUGUUCCUGCUGAACAAUAGGAAGUUAGUGGGCUUUCCACUAUUCUAGCA